AUGCACACAGCGACCAGCGGUGCGUUCGCAUGCCUGCACCAGCGGACGCUGCCUCUGGAUACCGUCUGCGUUGCAGCCUGGUCUCCUGUUGCGGACCUGCUCGCGCUGGUCUUUGCUCCGGCUUCAGUGGUCAUUUUGCGCUUGAACUGGGAGCUCGUCGGUGUCUGGCGUCCAAGCGAAGCAUCAGCAGGUGACUCAAUACCGAAAGUCACCUGCCUCUGCUGGUCGCCGCAUGAGCCCAGGCUCCUGCUCGGCCAGUCUGAUGGGACACUCACCCUGCUCUCCGUGGAGCAUAUGCAGUGUAUGACCAUAUACGAGGCCGACGAUGAGCCGUUCGACGUCCAGUAUGGCGGAUGGAAGCGACUCGUUUGGAUACCGCUGACAGAUCGGAAGGAGAGCAGUCUCGCGUUGGGCGUUCGUGAGCAUGGCGCCGAUAUCUUCAUCUUCAUCGAAGGUCUGUACGCCUGUGGAAUGUUCGACCUGGCGCGCCUCGGCUCAGUGGAAGACUUUACAACGUCGGAGGAUACGCGAUACCUGGCUGCGCUAGGAGCCGGAAACACCCUUCUGAUCGGUGCUUUAGAUGAGGUGCGUCCUCGGUUUCACGAAUGGGGACGCUUCGCGCACUGGAGCGUGCAAACUCGCGAGCGCAUUUUCCAGUUGCAGCUCGCCACCCAGGGCAUCCAGGAGCACUGGCAAGCCACUGCUCGUGUGAUGUAUCAAGUCCUCGAUACGCUCACGGAAACGCUGGUCCGGUACCGCCCCGAAGCGGAUAGGGCGACUGCGUUUCGGGAACUGCUUCUGUUGGCAUACGGGAUGGCGCCAGCGCCAGCCGUACGGGACUGGCUUGCGAAUACCAUGUCGGAGUCUAAUCAGCGAAGCUGCAGUCGGACGGUGGUGACCAGCCUCAGGGCGUGUGUUGAGAUCGCCCGUACCCAGCUGCUACCGCUUUUGAAUGCACUUCUGGCGCAGGUCGCUGGGUUACCGGACGCGGGGCCCGCUUUUACAGCCGAGACCAAGGCGUGCUGGCGGCUGGGACACGGCAUUGCGCUAAUGCUGCAACGAUUUCGACCGCUUUAUGUUAUGUUUUGGAGCUGGCUCGCUGGACGAUCUGAUGAAAACCUGCGGCUCGUGGUUGAUCGCGAAAAAAUUGAAGCGCUCUUUCGAGAGCGUUUCUUCGGGGUUGCGGAUAUGGAUGCGCAGUUGGAAUCCUUCACUCGGGCGCUCAUGACCCUUGAAACGAGACUGAACGAUCUAGCACGGCAUCAUCAGUCCAGACGUUGGCCGUUGAAGACUGCGGUCUCCGCAUCGAUACCUCAGAGCACUGGGGAGCCGUCCUCGCUACAACCACUACUACAGCGGCAGCGACUAAGACCUAUGGUGCGCUGGCUCCCGUCGAUGGCAAGUUUCCAGGUCUGCACCGAAAGCGGAGACCUCUGGCUAAUCUCUACCCAAGGGACGGUUGCGUUAUCAUUCUCGAUUCGAUAUCUGAUACAAAGCUCAUCUGAAACAAGUUUCGUUCGGGUUGCAUGGUACCGCGACCCCAAGAUCUGUGUCUUGACUUCCGCGGGGCUCUGGUGUUUGACGAGCGUGAAAACAGGCGAUGCAUCGCCGCCUCGCGCAACGGAAAGUCAUGACCUCUUUCGAGCGUUAGAGCUCACUGCACCCGCAUCAUCAACAUCAUCGUUCGGGAGCGCAUUCCCAGAAGUGCUUCAAAUCCCAGCUCUUGUCUGCGGAAUUACACGCGGAUUGGCAUGCAUCUUCGCAAGUGCUUCCCGAGUCCUGGUCUUUGACCUCGAGGACAGCGAUGUAGAUGCGGAUGCGGCGACUGAGGCGCUGCCCUGA